UUCCACUUACCACACCUUGUAUAUAUAUUAUUACCCAAGUGCUCAAGAUUAUCCCUCAAAAGCAUACAGAUUGACAUUCUACUACCUGAGAUAAGCUUAUUAUAAUAUAAACACACGCUGAGCUAUAUAUAAUCUUGAGCGGAAGUGAUCAGUGUUACUUAAGGUUUUGCAGUAAUGGGAGAGACUGUGGAAUUGCCAUUGAGCCCUGAAAAUUGGAGGCCAAAGGAAGCAGCAUCAGCAAUAAUAUCUGCUCCUCCGUCUCAACUCCAUUGCCCUUCAAUGACAAGGUCACCGCUCUUGGAUAUUAAUAUAACACCAAAUACCCCAAAAAGCCCAUUUUCUUCGCGUGUAAUGACUCCCGUAGCAAGUCCCAUGAAGAAGGUAAUUGCUAACAUGCAAUCUUAUAUGGAAGAAGUUGGCCACUUCACCAAGCUCGACCCUCAAGAAGCAUGGCUUCCUAUAACUGAGUCUAGAAGCGGUAAUGCUUACUACUCAGCAUUUCACACACUGAGUUCUGGAAUCGGAGUGCAAGCCCUUGUUCUUCCCCUAGCUUUCACCAUUCUUGGCUGGACUUGGGGACUUAUAUGUCUAUCCCUAAUUUUUAUGUGGCAGCUAUAUACGUUAUGGCUGCUGAUUCAGCUACACGAAUCAGAAUCUGGGUUGCGCUAUAGCAGAUACCUCAGACUGUCGAUGGCUGCUUUUGGUGAGAAGCUAGGGAAAUUGCUUGCCCUGUUUCCGAUCAUGUACUUAUCAGGUGGCACGUGUGUGACCCUGAUUAUGAUAGGAGGUGGAACAAUGAAAAUACUUUUCCAAAUUGCAUGUGGAGACAAUUGUAACUGGAAGCCAUUAACAUUAGUAGAGUGGUAUCUGUUAUUCACUUGCUCUGCCAUUAUUAUAGCUCAGCUUCCCAACUUGAAUUCCAUAGCCGGUGUUUCUCUAAUUGGGGCGAUCACAGCCGUUAGCUAUUGUACCCUGAUAUGGGCAGUGUCAAUCGUUCAAGGUAGGCCAGUUAAUAUCUCCUACGAUCCUCCUGAGGCAAAAUCUCAUACAGCUAGACUUUUUAGCAUCCUCAAUGCACUUGGGAUAAUCGCAUUUGCUUUCAGAGGUCACAAUCUUGUUCUCGAAAUACAGGGGACUAUGCCUUCAAGCGCAAAGCAACCAUCCCGUCUACCUAUGUGGAGAGGAGUAAAGUUCGCCUAUUUAAUCAUAGCAAUGUGUUUGUUUCCCCUUGCAGUUGGCGGUUAUUGGGCUUAUGGAGACCUGAUACCAAGAAAUGGAGGAAUGCUAGGUGCUUUAUACAAAUACCAUGGACACGACACAUCCAAGAUGCUACUUGGAAUAACAAGUGUACUUGUCGUGGUUAAUUGCCUUAGCUCAUUUCAGAUAUAUGCAAUGCCAGUAUUUGACAAUCUGGAGUUUAGGUACACCAGCAAGAUGAAUAAACCUUGCCCACGGUGGCUACGCUCAGGGUUCAGGGUUUUCUUUGGAUGCUUGGCAUUCUUUAUAGCCGUGGCGUUACCGUUCUUGCCUAGCUUGGCAGGUUUGAUUGGAGGGAUUGCAUUACCGGUCACCUUAGCAUAUCCAUGUCUCAUGUGGGUAAUGAUAAAGAAACCCCACAAAUAUAGUCCAUUUUGGUGCCUCAACUGGAUACUAGGGCUCUUGGGAAUGGUACUAAGCGUUCUGGUGGUCACUGGAGCAAUAUGGACCAUUGUGACUAUGGGGAUAGAAAUUCACUUCUUCAAGCCCCAAUAAGCAAUAACUGAAUAGAACUGGCCUACACUGCAUCCUAAGCUGUCAAACUAACUGUUAAUCUACCCUCUGUAAAACAAAAUUUUGGAAAGGGCAACGCACUGUAACCCUUUGCCGAUUCGAAGAGCCUUUUCUUACUCUCUCGAUUGUAGCAACUAAACAAAAAAUCUCUGUUCUUAAUGUUAUAUAAUACUAGCGUCUAAAAUUUCUAGGACACCUAUUUCUUCUUUUAUCAAACAACGUUUCUGUUCUUCCAAUAAAAUAAAUUGGGGCA